AUUUUUCUCUUCUUUUCCCUUCUUCAUGCUUUCUAUCCUUGUUUUUUUGUCCGUGUCCCACAUCUUCCUGGCACUCCAAAAAAAAAUUUUUAAUGUCCCUCUCUGUAUUUUCUCCCAUAACUUUCAGACCUAUUUUUUGUUCUCUCUUUUUCUCCCUCUCUCUCUCUUCUCUUUUCCUCCGCAACUCACCCCCUCCAUUCCAAAAGUCGCUCUCUCUCUCACUCUUUUCCUUUCAAUCGUUCACUUCUUCGUGAGCAACCAUGGUCUCCCCCCACUCUCCCGCCACUACUGGAGGAGCUCCGGGGUUGGAGUCCCUGGUCAGCACUCGUGCUGCGCUCCAUGACACUUCCAUGAUUGAGGACAAGACCAGGACGAGUUUGACCCCGGACCAGGACAAGGAAGCGGACAAAGACAAAGACCCUCAUUGGGACAUUCCUACUGUCGACAAGGGCAAGGCUAGGAAACGUAGCAGACAAGAUGAUGAAGUCUCAUCAUCAUUGCCAUUGUCAGUUCCAUUGUCUUUGGUACAAACAAAGGCAGCAACAACAAUAUUGUCACAUCCUUCGUCUUCUCCGGAGAACUUCAAGGUAGAUGUACAAUCCCAUCCCAUGGACCUGUCUCUUCAUACCGACUUGUCCUCGAGAUUUCAACCUGUCCGAAAGCGCAAGCAUUCUGACGAUGUAACGACCGCACGCGCGUCUCGUGCUAGCACCCCUGGCCCACGCGCGUCCACACCUUCCCAUUCUGUUUCAACAUCCUCUACACCACCCUCCUCUAUUCCCUCCAUGGCUGCCUCACCGCCCUCGAUUAAGUCAAUGGAUAAUGAUCAUCAAGAACCUUAUUUUUCAAAUACACAACUAGUGACACAGUCAGGGCCAUCUCGUAGUGAAAAGGAAAAACAUGCUCCAAAGCAUCCAAGAGUUUACGAUUUGGACGAUGAUGACAAUGAAAACGAAGAUACUGGAGUCCACAUUGGUAGUCAAUUAUCAACUCUAGAUAGAUUUCCAAUCAUCAUCGGGGAUGAUGAGAAUGAUGAAGACGAAGGAUUUAUUGGCAAGACCGAGUAUUCUCAAGGUCUGGUUGACGAUCGGCGGUACGAUGCUGAUGUUUCUUCAGAUCAAGUGGAUGAUCAGGACAGUGUGGUUGAGGUUUAUGGUGGCUCUCCAGCACCGUCAGUAGUCGCAAACACCCACAAUGGAUCGUUAGGAAGACGUGAACCAUCCCCUAGCGCAUCACAUGUGUCUCUGGAUUCAGACCGCACCAUUACCCCCCAGACAAUUCGUCAAGGAACACAGCAUUCGCAACCUUUAAACAGACAGGAGCCAUCUGAAACAACACCACAUUCAAGGUCUGGUUCGCGCAAUGUUGCCAAUAGACCUGUAGAUGAUCCUGAAGUAGAGGAGAUUCUUGAGGUAAUUGAUUUGACUCGUCCAGAAAGACGAUCCAGCUAUCCUCGUGGUGACUCUCUGCCACGAGUAGCUGGAUUGAAUCCCCAACACUCAUUCAGCCUUCCAACGCUACAAAGACUUGUCUCCAGGUCUUCCGAGUCCAUGGAAAGGAGUCAAUCUAGGCGGCUUAACCUCUCGAUGAGCUCAGUCGACGUGCAUGAAAUUCCAGAUGACGAUGAAGAUGAGGAAGCACAAUCACAGGAGGAUCGCUAUGGAAAUGACACUAUCCGUAUUGACAAUGAAGUGCGUGAGGUUCAGUUGGAUCCUCGCCAUCCAUGGGCACGUGGACCGGUUCAGCUUAUCCUGUCUCCAGAGCGCAACGCUGAAGAUAAUGACCAAUAUCUAGAAGGUCAGCGUCAGCGCCAGCUGGAAGAUGCAGUGAUUCUUGAGGACCAUCUUACUCAAAUUGACUACGAUGAUGCAGAAAGUGAGAGCGAUGUAGAAGAGAUCCCAGGCUCACAGGUUCAGAUUGCGGCCGAGACCGAGGCUGAAGAUGAAGGUAUCACAGAUCAACAAGUUUCGGAAGAAGUUAAUUGGAUUUUGAACCUCCGAAACGAAAACGUUUUCACGCCACCACCACCUCCACCCCGCUCGGCUCAAACACGGCGCACCCCAUCUUGCCAGGCUCGCUCACCGCCAUUUGAGUCACGGUCGUAUUCUUUUGAAGCACGUAUGAGCCCGUUCCCAACAACCUCUCGGCGAAGUGCUACACCACAGUCAAGGAGUUAUCGAUUCAGUCCUGUAGCUCGGCGUCCUUCGCCUGUCCCGCUGAUUCUUAGUCCUUCCCCGCCAAGGUCACGCGCUUCAUCACGGACGGCACCUUCUACAAGCAAUGGAGCCUCAUCAAGCUCUCGCACGCAACCACUCAAACCACUCGGGAGCCCAAAGCGCGAGAAUGUAGCCGUGUCAGUGGUAGACGUGACGGUGAAGACGGGAAUGGAGAGUUGGGCUCGACAGAACCUCCGUUGUAGUAUCUGUAUGGAGGUAAUGAAUGUACCGACGAUGGUUCGAUGUGGACAUGCGUUCUGCCGAGGAUGUAUCCUCCAAGCAUUGGAAACAAAAAAGAUUUGCCCAAUGUGUCGAUAUCCAACUACAAAAAGUAAGCUUCAAGAGCUUGAAUUCUUUGUUGGGGGCGGACUGCGUCCAGUGAAUGUUGGAGGCGCUGGUAGUUCAGUAAAUUCAACGAAUGGUCAGAGCGCAGCACCUGUCGCUGGAUGAUUGGGUGUGGUCAACUGAGAAUGGACGCGUCCUAAUUUGGAAAGACAAGCGUGGGGACGUAAUAAUUUGCUACUUCAACUCUGUACUACAAGAAAUGGUCACACUCUUAUCUUUAUACUCCCUCCUCAACAUCUUUAUUUUUUUUUUUUUUUCUUUUUU